AUGAAGGCCUAUGUAAUCUCAGUUCUCUAUACUCUUGCAAGUCUUUUAGCCGUCUCAGUGGCCAGCUUCGAUGGCAACAUCAACUAUGGUAGUCCCUCGCCUCGGCAUACGCAGUUCGGCAUCGAUGUCAAUCAAGUCCAGCGACGUUCCUGGAAGCGUGGAAACGUCGCAUUCAAGCCAGAGGAGUUGAACUUUACUCAUGGUGUUGCAUCCGGCGAUCCAUGGCCCAAUAGCGUUAUACUGUGGACUCGAAUUGCUCCAACCAAUGUGUCUUCCGCUGACACCGCGCCGAUUGAUGGGACCGAACCACUUUACAGCCACGACACCAAGAAGUUUAUAGAGGCUGAUCCCAAUCCUAUCUGUUUGCACUGGGAAGUCUUUCCAGUUGGGAAGACGGACUCUAAGUCAGUCGUUAGUAGUGGAAAGGCUUAUACUACAGCGGACAUCGACUACACAGUUAAGGUCGAAGCCAAAGGAUUGAAGCCGUUGACGACAUAUAACUACCAAUUCACUGUCUGCAACUCGAAAGUUUCAAGCCCUCUCGGAAGAACCAAGACUGCACCUCGGCCUGACGAUGACGUAUCGGAGAUCAAUCUGGCGGUCUUCUCAUGUAGCGCAUACUUUCCAGGAUAUUUUAACGUCUAUGGCAAUGCUGCCCGAAAGGAUAAACACGACUGGGUUGUUCAUCUUGGCGAUUAUAUCUACGAAUAUGGCACCUAUACACUGUUCAAAGAGCGAGGCUCAAUUCCACAGCACCCGACAUACUCGCUAUCUGACUAUCGUGCACGCCAUGGACAGCACCGGACUGAUCCUGACUUGCAAUUGUUGGCUCAAAACUCAGCUUGGAUCACCACUUGGGAUGAUCAUGAGCUCGCCGAUAAUGCUUACAGAGAUGGAUAUGUCGACUUCUUCGACAAGCCCAAUACCUUCAAAGGAGAAGGUCCGAAGGUAGCCACUGAUGCUCGCAAGGCCAAUGCUGUUCGCGCGUACUUCGAGUGGAUGCCAAUCAGGCAGACUGACAUGGAUGAUGGCCUCCGUGUAUGGAGGUCUUUCCAGUUGGGCAAGCUGAUGGACCUAGUGAUGCUGGACACAAGACUGUAUGACCGAAGUAAAGGAGUCGACUACGUCAACGAGAAGUAUAUCGAGAAAAUAAGCGACGAUCCGAGUAGAACUCUGAUGGGAGGUCGACAGGAGAAUUGGUUCUACCGCUCCUUAUCCAAAUCCAAGGAUCGGAAUGCAACCUGGCGAGUGAUUGGGAACCAGAUCGUAUUCUCUCACAUCAAAGGGGAUGCGACUGGAGGAGGAGACACCUGGGAUGGUUAUAUCGCGAACAGAAACAGAACACUCAACCAUCUAUAUAAGAACAAGAUUGACAACAACAUCUUCCUAUCGGGAGACAGCCAUAUGAACUGGGUGUCUGACUUGGCAUGGCUGGGCACUAAGAAGUACGACCCCAAGACAGGAAAGGGUGCCAUAGGGGCCGAGUUCGCGGGUACCGCGGUCAGCUCGUGGGGUACAUCAGGCAUCAAUUCCAUUGAGCCUGACGCAGGAAAACUCUCUCGGAAAGCCAUCACUGAGAACAAAGAGCUGUUCUGGCAGGAGGGUUACUACCGUGGCUAUUUUCACUUGUCAGUCACUCCCAAGAAUGUCUCAGCUCAAUUCUUUGGCUCGCCAUCCAUUGCCACUCAUAAUGCUUGGGAGAUUCCAUUAGCGAAUUUCACAGUUUUCGCUGGGGAUAAUCACAUCCAUCGACCGAAGGAUGGCAUCCAGGCUGAGUCUGGAGCCUUGAAGUUUGGGAAAGUGAAACACACAAAUUUUACGUUGAGUACCGAGACCAGGAUUUGGAAGAUUAAAGGCUUUGACAAGAUGUACCUUAACCCAGAGCCUAGUUUCCUUGGCUCGUCCUAA